UAGCUGCAGCCACAGUGGCUGACGGAAGGAUACGAAAAGGCCGCGCGUCGCAGGUGGGGCGGGGAGGUGGCCGUGUCCCCCCAUCCCCGCGGGGAGCUGCCAUGAGGUGAGGCCCUGGGCCGGCGGGCAGACUGGGAACUGGCCCUCCCCUACCCGGCGGUUCAGCGCGGGCUCUUCACUGUGGGAUCAGCGCCUGUCGGCGGGAAGCGCGGAGUGAGUACGAUCCGGGGGUGUCUCUGCUCUGCCCUGCCCCUCCCCUCCCCCGCGGCCCGGCGCCCGCCGCGCCGGCGGGGCUGUCGCGGCCUGAGAGGUGCCGCUUGCUUCCCCUUCGCCGAACUGCAGGGAGCGGUGGUGGCUGGCGGGAGGUGCUGCCGCCGCCCUGAGGUCGCGGCGGCCCCAAGGAGCGGACGAUGGAUGGGGAGGGCGAAGCGGAUCUCUCAAGCGACAAGGCGGCGCCGCGCUGGAAAAGGAGGUCGACCCCCCGGCCGCAGUCCCGUGCCUGGAACAAGCCCCGGCCCCAGUCGUACCAGAGCCCCAACGGGGUGCUUUUCACCGACUUUCCCGUGGAGGACAGGUGCACCUUCACCGUAACUCAGCCUUCCGGCACCAUCGGCACCUGCCUAGGCAGCAGAGCGUUGCGGAGGAGCCCCUUGUUUUUCAGCUCCAGCAUGGGAUCGGUGUCCAACGGGACGGUGCGGCCUCCAGCCCGUCAAGCGAUCUCCCCUGAGCGGUCCUCCCAGGUGAUCCCUAUGGUCUCCAACAGUUCUGUCGGUGUUACUGCCAACGGCACCAUUACCUCACCGGGAAGCCAGCUGGGUCGGCCCCUCAGGAUUUCCAGUCAGUCAGCACUUUCACCACAGCGAGAGCGGAUUGUUUUCACGGGCAGCCCUCAGCUCUCACCUAUUGGAAACACGUCUUGCCCUAGUAACAGCAACGCGGCAGCGCGGCCCUUGCAAUACAGCCGGGUUUCCAAAAUGCCAGAGAAAGUACCGCCGGUUUCGCAGGCGAUUUCCCCAGAGCAAGGAGCUCCUCCUCAGAGGCCUGCAUCCCCUCGGGAUCAGCCUGCCAUCCUGAGCACCAACAGCCCCGCCGCUCUCAAAGUAGGCACGCAGCAGAUCAUUCCUAAGAGUUUGGCUUCCGAAAUAAAGGUAACGAGUAAAGCCAACAGCCAGAAUGAGGACAUGAGCAAGAGAGUGCUGAAGGUCCGCAGCAUGGUGGAGAGCCUCAGCGUGCCUUUGGUGGCCGACGCUGAGGAAGAGGCUGAGGGUGACUUGGAGAGUCCAGGGACCCUGCGUCGCGGCCUGAGAUCAACAUCCUACCGCAGAGCGGUGGUAAGCGGCGUGGACAUUGACAGCUCUAAUAAUUUUAAGAAAAAGAACAGGAUGUCACAGCCCAUACUUAAAGCAGUUGUUGAAGAUAAGGAGAAAUUUUCGAGCCUGGGGAGGAUAAAGAAGAAAGUGCUGAAAGGACAAGGAACGUUUGAUGGAGAAGAAGAUGCUGUAUUAUAUCAGAACUAUAAAGAAAAAGCUUUGGACAUAGAUUCUGAUGAAGAGUCUGAGCCUCGAGAGCAGAAAUCAGAUGAAAAGAUUGUUUUUCACUGUAAGCCCCUGAGAUCAACAUGGAGUCAACUGUCUGUUGUGAAGAAGAAUGGAUUAUCAGAAGCGAUCAGCCAGGAAGAAAGAAAAAGACAGGAGGCAAUAUUUGAAGUGAUAUCUUCUGAGCAUUCUUAUUUGCUGAGCUUGGAGAUUCUGAUCCGGAUGUUUAAAAAUUCCAGGGAACUGAGCCUCACGAUGACCAAAACGGAGAGCCAUCACCUUUUCUCCAAUAUCACGGAUGUUUAUGAAGCAAGCAAAAAGUUCUUUACAGAGCUUGAAGCAAGGCAUCAGAACAACAUCUUUAUUGAUGAUAUCAGUGAUAUAGUUGAAAAGCAUUCUUCUUCAACAUUUGAUCCCUAUGUCAAAUACUGCACCAAUGAAGUCUAUCAGCAGCGAACACUGCAGAGAUUACUAGCCACAAAUCCGGCCUUUAAAGAGGUGUUAUCACGGAUUGAGUCCCAUGAAGACUGUCGGAAUUUACCAAUGAUCUCUUUCCUCAUUCUUCCCAUGCAGAGAGUUACUCGUCUUCCCUUACUGAUGGAUACCAUUUGUCAGAAGACUCCCAAGGAUUCAUCAAAAUAUGAGAACUGUAAGCAGGCUCUGAAAGAAGUGAGCAAGCUGGUGCGUUUGUGCAAUGAAGGUGCUCGGAAAAUGGAAAGGACAGAAAUGAUGUACACAAUUAACUCCCAGCUGGAAUUUAAAAUCAAGCCAUUUCCACUGGUUUCCUCUUCACGCUGGUUAGUGAAAAGAGGCGAAUUAACAGCGUAUGUGGAAGACACUGGACUUUUUUCUAAGAGAACUUCUAAGCAGCAGGUGUACUUCUUCCUCUUUAAUGAUGUCCUCAUUAUCACCAAGAAGAAGAGUGAGGAGAGUUAUAAUGUCACAGAUUAUUCUUUGAGGGACCAGCUGGUGGUACAACAGUGUGACAGUGAGGACCUGACUUCUUCUCCUGUAAAGAACACUUCAGCUAUGCUAUACUCACGGCAGACUUCUGCAACUCACCUCUUCAGACUACUGGUCCUCAGUAACCAUGCGGGAGAGAAGGUGGAGAUGCUCCUGGGAACAGAGAGUCAGAGUGACAGAGCUCGCUGGAUUACAGCACUUGGACAGGAUGGAGAUGGGCAGAAGAUGGACAGGACAACUUUGACUCAGGUAGAGAUCAUCAGAACCUACACAGCAAAGCAGUCAGAUGAACUCUCUCUUCAGGUUGCUGAUGUCGUUUUGGUUUAUCAAAAAGUAAAUGAUGGUUGGUAUGAAGGGGAGCGGCUCCGAGAUGGUGAAAAAGGCUGGUUUCCUAUGGAGUGUGCUAAAGAGAUCACAUGUCGUGCCACGAUUGACAAGAACAUGGAGCGGAUGGGACGCUUACUGGGACUUGAAACCAAUGUGUAGUAUUUGUGCUUCUUCAUGCUGCACUGCAGGAUUUGCACUAGCUGUUGUCAGUGGGCAGGGCUAUGUCCCAUGGCUAACACAUGGAAGAUCUGGGUCACCAAUGUGAAAAACCUAGUUAAGGGAGCACUGAUGGUUCAGACACUCAUCCCUUUGUUUUGAGAGCUCUGAACUGAACGUUGCUCAACCAUUAGCAGAUUUCAGCUACAAGUAGUUUCUUAGGCACUGGAGAUCAGUCACACAUCUUUUUGACUUGAGUUUCAGUUUCAGCUUUAGUUCUUCCAUCCCUGUCUCUUUAAGUAUUCCUUCUCCCUCUGUUUUUGAGUAUUUUGACUUUCUCUCGGAAGCAGAACUCCUUGCAGCAGUUAGUGUGGGAGGCUGAACACCUUACCCAUCCACUGAGCUGGAUAUAAACAGCAACAGAGGGGGUUUCCUGUUCCUGAGAAACUGCAGCAUUACAGUCCCAGUACCAGACAGUAUGUUACUAGGAUACUCCCUAGUUGUGUCAGAAUCCAUGUGUAGAAUAACCAAUCCUGUAAUUCAUAAAGGACUACCUCUCCAGCAGAAACCCAGGGAAAUCCCAGGCCUUGUAUGAAGCGAUUGUCUCUCUCUUCAAAGCUAGCAAAGCUGACACAAGACUUUCUCUUCUCUUCUCUUAGUGCUGCAGUUCUGAAAGGAUUUCUGAAAGCAAGAAACAGCAGACUGCAGAAUGUAUGAUGUUGAUUGUCUUGGUCUCAGAUCCAUAUUAGCACAGGUGUUUUAAAGGAGUGUAACUGCUGGAAAUGUCUGGGUUUUUUUUCAGGCAAAAAGGCACGAGAGAGGUAGAUAAAACGUUACUGGGACUGUGCUGCAUUGGUGCUGCUUCACAUGUGCUCUUCUCUGUUCCAGAGAAGACCUCUCACAAUUGCACUACACACACCACCUGCUAAAUUUUAGCAUCUGCAGUUUAGCUUUGGAAUUUCACAGAAAACCACCACUACUUCAUGUUGUGUGAAGAAAAUGCACUCAAAAAUAAAGUAGAUUUCAGUGCAUAUUUUUGUAUAUAGGUGUGACAGUUUGUAUUAUAAAAGCUUUCACCUUUUUAAGGACCAGCUGGUAACUCAGCAGGGCAGAAAACACUUUCAACAAAAAUGAUGGGAAAAGUUGCAGUAUCAAGGCUUUCUCCUUGUUAGAUUCCCCACCUUUGUUAAAGGGGGUUGUAUGUUUUAUGUACUGCAGUUAUGUUAAUUUGAUGUGAGUGAAUUGGAUGUUUAUAAAGAUUUAUCUCUGUACCAAUUUACAAUACAUUAGGCAAUAAUUUUGCACAAAAACACCUGACAGUCUGACAGCAGUUAUAGAGCCUUGUAAAUUAAGUGAACUAAUAGUAAUGAGAGAAACUGUAAAUUGAACAGACUAUUUAACAUAGUAAAAAUACUGCUAAUAUUUUAACAAAUUGUGUUGUACACAGGCAGAUGUUUAACACAGCUGAAUGUAUAAAUCCAGACAUUAAUUUUAUUCAGAUUUUUUUAAUACAUUGUAUAUAUUUUUCAUACCUAGUUUUUAAAAAAAGCUCUAGUGAUUUUUAAAGACUUUUUUCAUUUUUACUAUUGUUGGACACAGUUUUUUGGGAAUUAGAGACUAUUAUGACUUUAUAGGACAACAAUCAAUAAAAUGCUUUUAAUUCCUUACUAAAAAAGGUUUGUUUGUUUU